CUAAGUGUUCUUACAAUUACAACCUUACCUCGCCAUUUGACUAUGUCAAGUCAACCCGUCUCUUCGUCAAAUCCCCAACGCUUCUCAGAGAAGUUUAAUAACGUUCUCCCAAAACCCAAAACCCAAAACGCCGUCGUUUCAUUACUUCAAACCAAACCAAACCAAAGCCAAGCUGCAGCUUCCACCGCAAGCAAAUCCCAUCUCCUUCACCAUAUAAAACCCAAGCCCUGAUUCCCCACCAAAAUCCAAAAACAAAAAUGCCGUUUCUAGCGAACAUGCCAUCGACAACCUCUGUUUUUUCAGCUUACACUUCCUUCGCCGCUUCAACAAUGAUCGCUCGAACAAUGAUCUCCGAAACCCACUCAAUCAUCUCCCAAUUCAUUCCUCAAAAACUCCGCGACCAAAUCUCCUCCAAAUUCAGCGCCAUUUUUGGUUCAAUCUCCUCUCAGAUCGUUCUCAUUGUCGAAGAAAACAACGGAAUCGCCAUUAACGAGCUUUUCAGAGCAUCCGAAACUUACCUCUCUACAAAAAUCUCUCAAUCUCUCAAGCAUCUCAAGGCUUCCAAGGCUCCAGGCGAGACCAAUUUAACGUUCAAAAUGAACAAAGGCGACGUACUUAUCGACGUAUUCGAAACAAUUGAAAUCGCUUGGGAAUUGAUUUCCACUGAAAAACAGAGUACUUAUUUCGACUUCGAUAUCGCUACUCAAACAUCCGAAACAAUUGAAAAACGGCAUUACCAAAUCAGCUUCGACAAGAAGCACAAAGAUCUGGUGAUGAAGAUUUACCUUGAGUACAUUCUAGACAGAGCAAAAGCCAUAGAGGAAGAAAACAGAGUGGUGAAGCUUUAUGCAUUAAUGGGAGGAUAUGCGAUUGGGGAUUCGAUUGUUUUGCAGAACAGUUGUAGUUUUGAGAAUUUGGCUAUGGAUUUGAAGAAGAAGAAGGAAUUGAUGGAUGAUUUGGAUAGAUUUAUGAGGAGAAGGGAUUUUUAUAAGAGAAUUGGGAAAGCUUGGAAAAGAGGGUAUCUUCUUUAUGGGCCACCGGGAACGGGGAAAUCGAGCUUGGUUGCGGCCAUGGCGGAUUAUCUCAAGUUUAAUAUUUAUGAUUUGGAGCUUACCAGUGUUCAGACUAACUCGGCGCUUAGGACGAUGCUGUUGUCUACUGCCGAUAGGUCCAUUUUUGUUAUUGAGGAUAUUGAUUGCAGCGCUGAGCUUCACGAUCGUACAAAUGGCGGACGUGACGGCGGUGACAGCCAGUUGACUUUGUCUGGAGUAUUAAACGUCAUAGAUGGGUUAUGGUCAAGUUGUGGCGAUGCAAGAAUAAUAGUUUUCACAACAAACCAUAAGGAAAAAUUAGAUCCCGCAUUGUUAAGACCAGGACGCAUGGAUAUGCACGUGCACAUGACUUAUUUGACUCCUUCUGGAUUUGAAAUUCUAGCCUCUAACUAUUUGCAAAUCAAUCACCAUCAACGUUUCAAAGAAAUCCAAGACCUUAUAAUGGAGGUGGAGGUCACGCCUGCAGAAAUUGCAGAGGAGCUCAUGAAAAGCGACGAUGCUGAUGUGGCACUUGAAUCUGUCGUUGAAUUCGUCAAUGGGAAGAAGAAGAAGAAAAUGGAAAAAGAGUGUAAUUCUGACCCGAUUGAAAAUGUUGAUGGUCAGAUCUCCCGAGAUAUUGAGAAAGAAGGUCUAAAGUUGAAAAAGAGAAAUAAAAGAAGGCGAAAUAGAUGGAGUCGAUCCUAAGUCAUGAAUCAAUGUUCGUAUUAUUAUUAGUUAAUUAGGAUAAUAUAAGUUUUAUAGUUAUUGAAUUACGUUCAUGUUGGGUAUAAAUAUUUUCAUAUGAAAUUAUUCAAAAUGUGUGUCUGCAGUAGUACACUAUAGCACUAGCACAAGGUAUUAAUAAGAUAUAAUGAUUUGAAAGUU